UGUGAGCCGAUCGAGUAUUCGCGUGAAGUAGGCCUAACGUUAGGCUAAGUUAUCAUGAAACGGAAGACGAAGUAUGAAGGAAGUACGAGAUAGCAUUGUAUCGACAUAAGUACGAGAUAGCAUUGUAUCGACAUAUCAAGUGUAGGCAACAGUAUACAUCUACAUGCAACGUCUUUCUGCAUUGCUUGUACUUUAGACCCAUUGCAUCGUCUGUCAUUUACAAUAGGGGAGGUAACUCGAACAGUAAAAGUCAUGAUAUUGUAUGUGAUAGGAACAAUUUUAAUAAUUCUGCUUGUGGGCUGGUUCUCAAAAUCAGAUCCGCCGGCAAAAUGUGGGAUUUAUACACAGCCGAACAAAUGGUAUCCUCUCAAGUACCAAUUUCUUUUAUUCGUGUUAAAAUUAAGACGCCGAAAGAAUGCGAAAAUGGACACUGCGACAGGUGAGAAUGCUGGAUAUGGCGUGAGGUCCAGGUCCAGUGCGGCAGACAUGGAAAAAGUCCAGACACUACCUCUAGAUAAACCAAAGGCAGUUGAUGCUGUUUACUUCAAUGGAGGGAACAAGGAUGGUCAAUAUUUUGUGGCUGCCACAGCCAGGAGGCAAAACAAUGUAGUCCAGACUGUCCUGUACAUCAGACUCCCUGGUGUUGGUCUCCUGGAGAUUCCAUCUAAACCAGACACCAAACUGCACAGUACAGAUCCACAGGCCUUUGCUGCUGGGGGACUGAAACUGGAACCAGUAGACCCAAUGAAAACCUGGAAAAUAUCUUACAAAGGUAAACUAAGAAAUCAUGAAACUCUUGAAGAGCUAGAGGUGACCUUUGACCUCACCUGGACAGCUUUCACUCCGUACUUUGAUUUUGACACUGACCUUCACCCAAACGUCAUGGCGGCAUCUAUUGCUAAAGAAAAGUGGUCCAGAAACUAUUUUGAUGUCCUUAAAAGUGUCCAUCAAACACACUAUGAACAGUUUGGUGAAAUAACAGGUGUAGUCAAUAUAACAGGAGUAGGGGAUAAGAUGGUUAAAGUUCAAGGGGUCAGGGACCACUCUUACGGAAACAUCCGUGAUUGGCGGUACUUCCAUAGGUAUGCCAUCAACUAUGCUACAUUGUCUGACAAGACAGCAGUCUGCAUAGGCUGUAUAUCCAUGCCUAUCACCAUGACCAGCUUAACUAUUGGCUACGUAAUCCACCCUGACGGUACCAAGGAAUCUGUGUCCUCCUCGGAGUUCCAGUUAGCUGAUCAUGGAGAAGAUGGAAACCCACCCAAACAGACAUCUUUUAAAUUCAUAGCAGGAGAGAAAGAGUACAAUGUGACAUGUACUGUCCAGGAAGCACCAAUCUUCUACAUUGGUGAGGGUCGGGAUGCCAAGAUCCAUGAACGUAUGUGUACCUACGACAUCAAUGGUCUACCUGGCUGGGGUGUCAGCGAGUGGGACUACAGAAAUGUUCCAUUUGAUGACGGCAGAACGUGAUGAAACAAGAUACCUAGGUACUCCAGCUAGUGAAAGUUAAUGUCAGAAUGUGCUAUUUUAUAAUUGUGUAUUGUCUGUAUAUGUUUUACAAGUAAUAAUAGUAUUGAUAUAGCCUAUGUGUACUCAUAUUUAUUCAAUAAUGAUCAUGUGCAAAUGUAUUUUGUCGAAUCUAAACUGUAUGAAGGUGGUGAAAUCAUAUUUAAAAUCAAGUACUAGUCAUAUCAUAGAGAUUUCAUGAUUAUCUUUCUGCCCUGCAGACUUGCCUGUUUCUUAAUAUAUGUAUUAUUUUCUUGAAUUUGAAAAUAAUGUAAUUUCAUAAAUAAAAAGUGAUUAAAAUAAAAU